UUUCCGUGAAAAAUGGCUUUUCUGACUUUCAGUUUGGUGAAUAUUUAAUAAUUAUAUUAAUAUGAAUCUAGACAUAGGGAACUGUUUGAUCUACUUGGGGCGGGGCAAGGCCACAGUCUGGUCAUAAUUGUGCAACUGUGCAGCAUGCAAGUCACAAGAGUUGUAGCGUUACACGAGGCAACCGCGAGCCCAAGUCAACCUCGAGUCACGAGUCAACCUCGAGUCAAACACGAGCCAAGCCAAUUUUUUUUUCCUUUUCUCCGGAAAAAAAAAAUGGAUUGUAGGAAAUCAAAUAUGUGAAUACAGAUGAUUUUCUUCAUUUGUUCAUUUCGGCUCCAUAAGGUUAUUUUCACUAUUGUUGUUGAUUUCUUUGUGAAAUAAAUGCAGCUUUGCAACACUAAUACAGUUCUGUAAACACGAUCCUGAAACAGUUAUCGGAACUUCAAGGCCGGGCACGAAAUUCAGGAAAGAGGCAACUUACUCUCGUGGCACGAAUGUUUAACAUCAUUCAACUUUUCUCUGAGUCAGUAGAUAGUCAACUAGAUACACGUCACUCACUAUUUGGAUAUUGAUAAUCGGCAAAGGACACAGCAACUAACAUGAACUUAUCAUAGUUUGGGGGACUGAGCACGAUCCAAGGGUCCGGCGUAGACUAUGAGAUGGCGCGAGCCGAGAUCGAGGAUGGAGAGUUUAAUUGGGAUCAAAAGACUCAAGGUUUGAUUCUAGGCUCAUUUUUCUAUGGUUAUGUUAUCACACAAGUACCAGGAGGAUGGUUAGCGGCACGGGUUGGGGCAAAGUAUUUAUUUGGUUUUGGAGUUCUUUGUACAUCAAUAUUGACAAUGUUUACGCCUGCCGCAGCACAUCACAGUGUUGGUAUGUUACUCCUGGUCAGAACACUGGAGGGGCUCGGAGAGGGUGUCACGUUUCCUGCCAUGCACGCCAUGUGGAGUGGCUGGGCCCCACCUUUAGAGAGAAGCAAGCUUUGUACAUUGUCAUAUUCAGGAUCUCGAAUUGGUACAGUUAUUGGCUUGCCAAUAGCUGGUUUACUGAGUGCGUCUGGCCUCUGGGGAGGGUGGCCUUCAGUUUUUUACACUUUUGGUGCUGUGGGUGUUGCAUGGUCUAUAAUUUGGAUGAUGUUCACUCAUGAUAAACCAGCAAAUCACCCAAGAAUAUCUCUCAAGGAAAAAGAGUACAUUUUGUCAAGUAUAGGAUCUGCACAGGACAAAAAGACAAGAAAAUAUGCCACUCCGUGGUUUGAGAUAUGGACAUCACCUGCUGUGUGGGCCAUUAUCGUAGCUCACUUCUGUAACAACUGGGGUUUCUACACAUUUCUCACUUGCUUACCCUCUUAUUUUAAAGAAGUUCUCAACUUUACAAUCUCCAAGAAUGGUUUUGUGUCAGCCAUUCCAUUUUUACUAUCGUACAUAAUUGCUGUUGGAGGUGGGCAAGUGGCAGACAAGUUGCGUUACAGUCACAUAUUGACAACAGGAGAAGUUAGGAAAGUCUUUGCUACGGGAGGAUAUCUUAUCCCUGCCUGUCUCAUGGUAGCAACAAGUUAUGUUGGCUGCGACAACACGACACUAGCUGUUGUUUUGUUUUCACUGGCCCUGGGCAUCACAGCUCUUAAUAUGUCUUCGUAUAAUGUCAAUCAUUUGGAUAUCGCUCCUAGAUAUGCAGGGGUUCUUAUGGGGAUCACCAAUUCCGCUGCGACAAUCCCAGGGAUGGUUGGCCCGUAUGUAGUGGGAUAUCUAACAGACAAUGAGCCAACGAGGGGCCAGUGGCAGAAAGUAUUCUACAUAUCUGCCGGUCUGUACGUAGUUGGUUGGAUCACUUAUCUACUCCUCGGAAGUGGAAAACAACAGUCAUGGAAUACGCCAUUUGAAGACCUGCUGGUACCGGUUGACAUUCCGAGAGAGCCAAGAAUACCAGUUUUGGCGGACACUCUGUUGAUUAGCAAUCAACCCACAGAUUUGUCACAAUCUGGAGCGAAAUGCUGAGGAUAAAAAAGUCAUAGGCGUAUGGACUCCUUCGGACUAGG